GCUCCCAUUACGUGUCGCUAACCGCCAUCCCUGCCUUCUCCCCUUCCGUCACGUGUCCCUCCGUUCCCCUGAUCACAUUAAUUCAUUUUUCCGUUUCUUUUCCAAUCCAAUAAAUCGCGAAUCCCACGCCCACCACUCUCUUUUCUCAUGUUACCGAUAACCAUUUUGAAUUUCCUUUCUCAGAAGCCAUGGUUGAAGUUGAAGAGGUAGAACUCGAUUUGGCGCUCUCCAUUGGAGGUUCCUUCAGCAGGCACACCAUCCACACACCACCUCCUCCGGAUUCCAAACCCGACUCCUUCACGCGUCUCGUGGGUGAUCCACACGACAAGCGUGUGAUUCAAGCGCUGCGGAGAAUGGAGGCCAAGAAGAAACGAGAGCAGAAGAGGGAACGCGUUAGAGAGACAGAACCCGAGUGGGAACAGGUUUCUAAGAAGGAGAAAACGGAAUGUGACAAAACCGUUACUGCCUUUGGCCCGUGGAGAACCACCGAACCCUUCCGCGUUCACCAGUUCGCCACGGUCCAGUACUUGCCCUUGAAUACCGGCUUUCCGUUACCGUGCUGGGUCGGAAGCCAGAAGAAUGCAGGUGGAGUUGACGGCGGUAAGGGUUGUGAUAAUAAAACGGAAAAGUCUAACUGCUCUUCUAAGUGCAGCUCUUCUGCGGAUUACCAAAGCUCUUCUCGUGAAGAUGGGGGAAGCAGUGAUAGCCACAGCCAUUCAGUUCAUUCUUUGGCAGAGCAACCCCAUUUGACCACUUCCAAGGAAACAAGCAUAGGAACCCAACCUGAAGAAAGUGCUUCUGCUUCAUCUCACCCUAUGAAAGCCAAACAAGGCAACAAAACGGAAGAAAGAAAGCACAUUGCAAAGGAAGCUCAACCAAAACCAAACCCCUCUUCACCCGAACCUAUGAAAAUCAAGCAAGAAGCUCCCACAAGCCACGAUGCGGUUCUAACAAUGGCAGUUGAGAACAAGUCUCUGUCGAACGAAAACUCAGCCCCCUUGAUGGAGGCGAAAGGUGAGCUGGGAAAGCCUCCGAAGCCUCUCUCUCACACCUCUUUACUCCCUCAAAUGCCUUAUGUGUCUACAAAAGGGAACAAUGGGAAAACUGUUCAUGGGUUUCUAUACAGAUAUAACAAAUCUGAGGUUAGCAUUGUCUGUGUCUGCCAUGGAAGCACAUUUUCACCUGCUGAGUUUGUGCAGCAUGCAGGAGGCACAGACAUCACACACCCUUUGAGGCAUAUCACAGUAAUUCCUUCAGCCUUGGGUUGAUUAAUCUCUUUUUUUUUUUUUAUUUUAGGCCUUUUUCUCAGUUCUAUAUCUAAUAGCGUGUUUGAAAAUGUUCAGAUGUUUAGAGAUUGAAGUUAUAUCAUUAGCUGGAACAAACAACACUCUAGGAGAACUGGGGAAGAAUUUGAUUCAUCUGACUUAUGUUAUGUUACCUUUAGGCUGAGUAUGUAUUUUUGUUUCCUGUUUUA